AGAGAACCAGAAGAAGAAGAAGAACACGUACACCCAAGCGCUGCUUUGGCCACUACUAUCGAAUGCUAGCUGGCUAGCUCACGGCCUGUCAAGUCUCUUACAUUGGGCUUGAAGGGGGAAAGAGCAGCGGUGGAGAAGAAGGGCGACCUAAGCGCCGCUACGAAAUGGCCGGCCAACAGUUUCAGUACGAUGACAGCGGCAAUACGUUUUUCUAUUUCCUUACAUCCUUCGUGGGGCUCAUAGUGAUCCCGGCCACAUAUUACCUCUGGCCCCGGGAUCAGAAUGCUGGUAAGGCCCGAUGUCUGGAUCACGGCUAACUUGGCUAACUCACUAACCUCAGCGACAGAGGAGUUCAGUCAGCAGCGUUGCGAAGUGCCUGAUUUUCGACUGAUCACCUGUUUUAUCACAUUUAUGGAUAAUAUUCAUGUCAGGCUGUAUAAACGCUAAGCUAAAUGCUCGUCAUUGUGCUUUAUCUCAACACAUCCUUAUCUCUGCUUGGUUUGUCAACAAAUGAGCCUCUCUGACAUGAGCUAGGGAACAUAUGCAUGCAGGAAAGUGACCACACACUUUACUAUAAUUCAUGACUUUUUGUGUAGUUGUCUCUUUUUCUUAAAAGAGCAUUUUAACUAAGGUAUUUACUAUGUAAAGCGUUGCACUACAUAGCAUUAGGAGUUAAAAAUCUCUAAAACAUACAAGCUGUAAGAGAGUCAGCUGACUGAGAUAUCUACGCUGCAAAAGACUCAAAUCCAAUCCAGUUUUUUCUUAUUCCUUGUCACAAAAUAUCUUAUUACGCUCCAUUUUAGCUUACUUCACCUAACAGGAUCAAAUACAAAUCUCAUUUCAUGCCAAAAUUUUCUGGACAACUGACUUUGAAACAAAUAGUACAUUUUGUUUUGGGAAGCCUAUCUUGGAAAUUUAGCUUGCAGGUUAAAUAAUGAGCUCUUCUGCACAGGCAGGCAUGACUUCACCAUGCAGGGACCAUCUACUAAGUGCAUAAUGUGAAAGUAUCUCACAGAUUAUUGCUGUUAGUUGUAUAUAUUAAAAAAAUAGUUAAGGAAAAUAUGGGAGCAUGUCUUCCUCCCUCCACCAUGGGUUAAAAGUAAUAACUCCGGACUUUGAGUACAUCUCCUACAUAAUAGUUUAACUUCAGUAGAUUAACAGACUUACUGACAGUACAUUGAAGCUCCUGUGAAGAGUUUUUCUACACCUAAAAAUUAGCAAAGCAAUCAAAACCAUCAACAACAUGAAUGAUGGUUUGUGUUUUGUAAUUUUGAAUGCCUGAAAUCAAUGGGAGGGGUACCGCAGGUGUCUGCUGAGCAACUGAAGAAACAGCCCUUCCACUUAAAAUAUUCACAAUUAACAGUAAAUGUAACAGUCAUGUCAGCCAGAUGAUGCUAUUUAAGCAUGAAGAGAACAAUAUAAGACUGCUUUGUCCACAAGUGUUGCUAAAAUGUACACAGACCAAAAGUUCCUCACUGGAGCUUUAAAGUAACUCUUAUUUUGCUUGAGUGUUGUGUCAUUUUAGGCAAUAUGUUUCCUCUAAGUCAUAAAGAAAAUCUUUCUUGUAACCAGAGUGCAAUCUAAUAUGUAAUCCUUAUUUUUUUACUCAUUUCAAGCUGAUUGAAAUAAACACAUGACUUUUACUGCUUUCCUAGUGCUUUUCUGAUAAUGUUUUCUCAGAAACAAAAUCACACCUCUGCGUUCAAGCAGUGGUAAUUCUACCCUGAUCAAUAUCCCAUUAUCAAUAUUGACUGUUACUAGAUGUAAAUUGAGAGAAAUGUUUCUCUGUUUGUUCUUUUCCCAGAACAACAGCGUCUAAAGAGCCUGAGGAGGGUACAUGGCAGGUGUUUGUGGUACCGGCUCAGGCUGAUGAAGUCACAGCAGAGCAUUGUCCCAACAUUAAAGUAAGUGUGCUAACAUGCAUGUUCACAGUGAAAAUCAGUCUUAUUAAACUCCUGAAUCAUUCAGUGUUUGUUGUUGUUGGAACUGUUCCCCAACUUAUCAUUUAUGGCUUCAGAUAGAUUAGGUGUCGUAUCAAUCUCCAAACAGGUGUGGCUGUAUUUUGCUUUGAGGUUUGUCAUAAAACUCAGCUGUUUGGGCGUGACUGGCCGGAGUUGUUUGUAUUUACAAAGUUCAGUCUAUCUGUCCCUGAUAGUUUACAGGUUCACUGAGUGUGUCUCCAGCUGGACAGAGAUGUUGUCACUGUUUCGUGAAGAUGAAGCAAAGGCGGUGUUUACAUCUGUAGUGCAGGCAGAUUGAAGACUUAAAUGUUGAAGUUGGUCAUUUUUGGCACAGGUUUGGCUUAUGUUGUCAUCACAGGCAAACCUCCAUUUUCUGUGCGGUGGAGGUAAACAUUAAGCAGCACUGUUUAAGAUCUCUUUGAACAUGACCCUGUUUUUGUAGUGCUGUUUAUUCACUCUGUUUAUGCAGGUUGGUGGAGAGAUGUGCUUCUCAGGGUGUUUUCUCACUCAUCCUCCAUUUUCACUUUGUUUGUGUUUCUCUUUUGCCUCAGAUUCUUGUCUCAAUACGUCCACUUCCCAUCCCGGUUCAUUUCAGUCACUAGACUUACUCUGUUUUUCUUCUGAAAAUUCAUAAAUUCUUUAUUUGCCUGGCUGCACUUGCCACUAAAGCUGGUGGAAGUGCUCACAUGCUUUCUUUACAGAGUGGACCAAAAGGUUAUCCUGUGAAAAAAAUAAGCAUCCAUUUCCUCAUCGUAACUGUAUCAUAAUAGCAAGUUUUAUUACAAACCCUACAUGUUUUUUUUCUCUCCAGUCGAGCCACUCAGACAUAUCAGGGCUUCUGAGGGGUUGUCAUGGCAACAGAUGCUGCAGAGCAGGCCAUAGGGCUUUGCCAUUGUCAUGGAAACAAGUUCAACUUUGAGCAUAGAUACCAAACAAAAAAAGAAAAACAAUAUAAGACCCUCUCCCGCCUCUCAGCUUCUGUGCAGUGUAUUAAAAUAAUAUUCUCUUAGUUGGGAGAAUCAACAUGUCGAGCUUCAGCUCCUGAGAGGGAGUUUGUUUUUGCAUUCAGGUUCUGCAGUAUAUCAUGAUCUCAAACAGAUUCAAUAUUUACAAACCCUGCGUGAAGUGAGAAUGACUGUCAUCGUCUGCAGAGAACAAGAGAAGGCGUUAAUGAGUUUUUCUGUCUGUGUUUCCUUCUUCAGGAAAGCAGCCUUGCUAUUCGGCUGGGCUGUGUUCCUGCUGCUAGCCUAUAAAGUGUCUAAGCUGGACAGAGAAUACCAAGAGUAUAAUCCAUAUGAAGUCCUCAAUUUGGACCCGGUAAGCACGCACACACACACACACACACACACACACACACACAGUCUGCCUCGAUGCCCCAGAUGUCUCAACAGACACUUUUCAUUCGCUGUGUUCAAGAUUAUUAAAGCUGUAACUUCUGCAGGAAAAAUAUGUGCUGUCACGACUUUUGAGACCGCACAGUCAUCUCUAUUUUUGGUGAUUUCUGUUGAUGAAAAUAUACUUCUGUCUCCAGGGUGCAUCGCUUUCAGAAAUUAAGAAGCAGUACCGUGUCCUGUCAUUGAAGUUCCACCCUGACAAAGGUGGUGAUGAGGCUACAUUCAUGAGAAUUGCCAAAGCUUAUGCUGCGUAAGUGCCAGUCAUGCUCCAAAGAGAGCGAGAAAAUUAAGACUGCGGACAGAAAUCCAAGCAUUAGUCUGCUGAACUGUUUUAUUCUAUCAGUGAUUUAGCCUUCACUUUUUUCCUCCGCAGUCUGACCAAUGAACAGUCACGACAAAACUGGGAAACAUACGGCAACCCAGAUGGACCAGGGGGUGAGUAAAGCUUCCUGAAAAUCCCUCAGUAUCGAUGAUUUGUUUAUCUGCCGACAUGUUGUCUGUGCUUGAUGCUGAUGAGUCAGCCCUCAUGAAACCCUCAACGUGUUAAACAAUGGGAGAUUAAUUGGAACGUGACGGCUCAUUCAUUCCAGCAAGAGCUGACACCCAGAGCCUCCCAUGAACAAGUGUCUCCUUCAUUCACAGACGCUUGUCCUCUGGGUGUGAUGAAUGCAUAUUCACUGAAAUAAAAAUGUUGUUACAGAUUUAUGUGACUGCUAAACUGCUCUCCUGCAUCUUCUGUGUCUCCUCUCUAGCCACCAGCUUUGGUAUCGCCCUGCCUGCCUGGAUUGUUGACCAAAAGAACUCAAUGCUGGUCUGCGUUUAUUCUUAUUUCCUACACCUGCCUGCCUUGAUUCACUCAAAGUUUGUUGUGUUUGUGUAGAAGCAGGCCAGUGUCAUCAAAAACGUAGGGUUUUAUAUGCUUUUCAAUUUACAGUAUGUCUGUUGUUUUCUGUUGUAGGUGCUGUUAGUUUAUGGACUCGCCUUCAUGGUCAUCCUUCCUGUUGUUGUGGUAAGUUUCUCAGCGUGGCGUAGCUGCUCUGUUACUUUGAUUGACAUAAAUAUCAUAAUUUUUUAAUACACCUGCUCUUAAUGUGACAUGCUCUAAACUUCUAAACCUAUACACUAUUUUGAAUAACAACAACAACAACAAAAAAACAUCAAUAGCUGAACUGUUGAAUAGCUACUAUUACCUUUCAUGACUGGCUGCAGAUUUAACAGACAUGGUUUCUGCUGGGUCUAAAGAGAUCUUAAAACAUCUAAAACCCAUUAUUCGCAUUUAAGGCCUUAAAAUGUCUAAAAUUCUCUUAAAACUCAUAAAAUGCCUUAAAUACAAAUUUGGGUAACACUUUAUUUGACGCCUAUCUCUAUAACGCAUUCUAAAUAUAUUUAAAAUGUGUUAUAAUCACAUUAUAGCACUAUGUAACUAUAGUUAUAACCACUCAUAAAUGAUCAUAAUCUUUUACAGCAAUUAUAUAACCCAUUAUAAAGCCUUUUAUCAUGACUUACAAGGUCAGGUAUUAUUAUGUGUUAUAACUGUUAUAACAGUUGCAUUGCAUUAUCUAUGUGGGCAUUGUCAGUGAGUUGUUUAAUAGAUCUUAAAAAUGUUAAAAAUGUUACUUACCCACUGAGCAUUUUUCGGUCUAAAGAUGUUUAAUAGACUUCUAAUGGUCGUAAUAGACGUCUGGACUAAAAUCAGUCGACCACUGGUCUAAAAAUGAAAGUUUUCUUAGCCGUCUAAGCUUAGACUAGCCAUCUAACAGACUAAACUACACUGUACAUUGAUCAAUGACUGUUAAAAAAAAAACCAUUUAUACAACUCACAGUUGUUUUUUAUGUAAUAUUUAAUGUUUAAGGAUUAAAUUCUAUAGUCUAGAUUCGGGCUAAAAUUUAGACUGAGCUAAUUUCUGUCUAAACUAAGAUGAGACAUCUAAUAGACGUCUAAGGCUCAGUGGGUACAAAUAAAGAUUGAUUUGAAGUUAGUUUAAAAUGUUCUUUUUUUGCCGGUAUGGAUGUAAAAUGGAACUUGAACUGUGUUCACUAUGGUCCUUAAAAAAGUCUUAAAAAGUCUUAAAUUUGACUUGUUGAGACCUACGUAAACCCCAAACAUACCAUUCAGUCUUUUCCAGCCUUCACAUUUAUUACAUGAAGACUUUGGAUUAUAUUUCAUCAUGAUACUGAAAGACGUCACUCGUUUAGCCUGGCAGAAGUGAAUUCAUUAAUGUUUGUGCUCUUUCGUGAUUGCUUCAGUAUCUUUUUCAUAGAGCUCACUCUGUCCCUUGACGUUUCAGACACAUGCAUACACGCCUGUCUCCUCCUCCAGGUUCAUGCGGAGCCAUAGUCACCAUCCUCUUAACUGUUUUCUAAGUUAAUAGUUCAUCCCUACAAAAGACUGAUUUUCAACUCUCUUUUUUCCUUGUCUGUCCUCUAUUACAGGGCACAUGGUGGUACCGCUCCAUCCGGUACAGUGGAGACCAGAUCCUCAUCAAUACAACCCAGCUCUUCAUGCAUUUCAUGUACAAGACACCGAAUAUGAACAUGAAGCGUACGUUUUCACAUCGACAUCUAGUCAAAAUCAAAUCAAACAAGCAGGAGAACCAGCAAACGCAAAACAAGUCAGUGAGUCUUGACUGAAUUGUCAUCCUUUGUGUUACUGGUCACAGGGUUAACCAUGGUGUUGACGGCAGCGUUUGAGUUUGACCCUCGCAGCAAUAAAGAAGCCACCAUACGGCCCACAGACAACAUCGAAGUGCCACAGGUGAUAGCAGAACUAUAAAGUGUGCUAAAGCAUGAAAGAAGCAUACAGAUCUGUGUGAGGAAAUGCUAACUCAGUCUCUCCUGUUUUGUGUAUUCCAGUUGAUCCGUGAGUUGGGGAACAUCAACGUGAAGAAGAAGGAGCCUCCUUUCUGCUAUCCAUACAGUUUGAAGGCCAGAGUCUUGGUGCUCGCUCACUUGACGCGCAUGGAUGUAUCAGAAGAGUUAGAGGAAGGUAGGACAGGGAAUUCUGGGAAUGUGAUUCUGUGAGAUAAAUUUGUGUUACCCACUGAAAUCAGGGUUUUGAAUAGAGAUGAAGAGCAGACUUCAACCUGCAGCAUUUAAGGGAUGUUCUAUCGUAAAAUGAAGUUAGGGUCAAUCACAUCGUAACACUGAGUUAGACACCCCCUCGAGCUGAAUAUUGCCGACUGCUUGCUUCUCUAGUUAUACCAACUUUGGUAACGACCACACGAUAGUAAUACACAGCGGUCUACGUCUCAACGUGCAAACCUCAACCAAAAAGCCACUCUAUAGCCACAAAUAAUGCUCAGAACAGCACCUAACUUCAUCAACAGUACAUAUAGGGUCCCAGCCAUAGUGCUAGCCACCAAACAUCUUUUUAGCUUUGCCUGGUUUCUUUAGCAAAGAGACUAAACACAACUCACCCACUCUCCUCCAACAGCCGCUUGUUUGUGGGGGAGCCCUGACGAGUCGAUCACCCAGUGCAGCAGAUCAUUUCCAUGAAGUAAUAAUCACCAUAUUAAUCAUUUUGCAAACGCGGUAGUUCCUCUGCCUUAGCAUAUCCGUCUGAUUGCAUUUCCAUGAAGUAAUGAUCAUAAAUCUUCCGCUGCACUCUGUGAUCGACUCGUCAGGGCUCCCCCCUCAGUCGGCAACAUUCAUCUUUCGAGGGGGUGUCUAACUCAGUGUGUUUUAACCCUUUAUAGCCAUAUGAGCUGUAGGUGUUUUAUGUCCGGGCUGUGUGUGUGAUUUAUGUUCCAGUACCCUGUUAUACCCCAGCCAAUAGUGCUGCAGUACUUCAUUAAAGCUUAAACACAUGAUUAACCCUGCUGCAUUGUCAUUGAAGGUCUACAACUUGGUUGAAAACCUGCAUCAUUUUGUUGUGCAUGUUGCUCAGACCAGCAUUAGAACAGCUCCCUGUCUCUGUCUCAUUUUCACUCUCAUUCUUGCACAGAGACAGGCAUAAGGGUUGCUAUGGUUAUGGGUAUGCUCUGUUUGAGCUACUGAACUAAAAACCCUCCCUUGACUCCCUUUAUCAAAACAAACAUUCAGUGAAAACAACAAAAGAAGUUCACAGCUGUGCUAUUCCACAGUCUGUUACAGAAAUCAGUGAAGAAGAUGCACUUUUCAUAUCUAAACAGUGAGCUGCAUCCGUUGUAUACCAGUGUAAAUGUUUUCUAUCAUUUAGCUGUAUUUAUCAAGGAAACAGCUGUAUGUUGUAAAGUAAAUCACCUUGUUGAGUGUCGGUUUGAUUGAAAGACCCUUUGAUUCAAUAACACAGCUGUGUAGCAGAGGGGGUUAGCACAACUCUUUGUAAGUUGAACUCGUACAGCAGGUCUGUCAGCACAACAGUAGGCUAGUAUAACAGUAUAACAGAUGGUUCAUUUAGAAUAUUUCAUGGCCACACCUUCUCAGUUAGCCUCUGUUAGCCAUUUCAAAGGUAACACCAGUGUCAGGAAAGUGAUUCUUGGAGUGCCAAACUAAAACAGCUGCACAAGCUGUUCCGAGUGAAGUUUUAUAUUCACAGGUUUUUGUUUUUUUAUGAUUAUACAACCUUGUUAGUUUUUAUGCUUGCAUGCCUACACAGAGGUGAGACUGUUUACUCAUGGAGGAUAAGCUGUUCAGGGAAACUUUGAGAGUUUUUACUCGAUUUGGGAAACUGUAAAGACUCUCAGUGAACUGUGUUACUUUGAAGGACCUUUGAGCUGCAGCACUGGCUCCCUGACUGAGAGAGUGUAUAAAUAAUGAAGACACUUCACUAUUCAUAGCAGAGAAGAUUCUGAUGAAAGCUGCAUCUUAAACCUCUUAUUUUCUUGUCUAGGUCUUCAAAAAAGUGAUGUGGAAUAUAAGAAAAUCUUUGAAUAUUUGUUUGUGUGUUUUUCUUUUACCAGAUCAGAGGUUUGUGACGAGGAAGAGUCCAGCUCUCCUCCAGGAGAUGAUCAAUGUGGGCUGUCAGCUAACUAUGAUGGCCAACAGCAGAGGAGGUACACCCCGAGCACUUUUGAAUAUUUCACAGGCCUCAGUUCACCAAACAACGUUUGAACCUUUGUGCCCCCCAUGGUCUGUGUGCCUGCAGGUUUCCAUGCUCCUCGACUGGUCACCAUAGAGAACUGCAUGAAGCUGACCCAGAUGAUAGUUCAGGGUCUGCAGGAGUCAAAAUCUCCUCUGCUACAGCUGCCUCACUUUGAAGAGGAGCACCUCCGCUACUGCAUUUCUAAGAAGGUAACCACAGUACAUCUGUAAAAGCUCCACUCAAGCUGUCCACAGUUUAUUUUAGGGUACCGCGGGUUCUUAAAAAGUCUUUAGUCACUUCACCAUGAGAAUUUCUGGUUAGCACGGAAUAAACGCUAUUCUUGUCCCAUCUCAUUUCGCACCAGCAUUUAGAUCACGUAAGGCAAUGAGUCUGUGUUACAUCCCUGUGACUCAUACUGGCUUUCUUGUUUGCACGAAAUAGGAAAAUGCCUGUUUAAGGACAAGUGGCUUGAAAACUCAGACCAUAGAUAUCUAUAAGAAAGGCCAGAUGGCUUAAGGCAGCAUCACCAGUGUCCUUAUAUGGCAGCCAUCUUUGUAUACUAUUCUGGUACGCUCUAUGGUAGCUGUUGUAAGGUGAGUUAUCUGCGUAAUCAAAAAUGCUCUUAACUCGCUGAAAUCUUAAUAGAUUUACAAAUGGUUUUGUUUAUUACAAACCUUUAUAACGCGACAAUGAGUCUGGAUACUUGGACAUGUUAGAACGUCAGCUUUUCUGUGAGAAAAAAAAGACUUAAUCGUGCAGCGCAGUUGUGUCACGGCUAUUUGUGUGUGCAAGGGCUAACUUUGAGUUGUCAAGGCUGAGACCACAAUCGAAUAUAUAUUCUUGUAUGACAGCCUAUUUUUUUAAAUCUAAGUGACGGGCUUUGUAGAUGAGCUUGUGUUUAUCAGCUUGGCUAACAGACUCGCUGUGAGUGAGACCAAGUAGAUUCUACAAAGUUGACCCGGCAAUUUUACAUCAGUGGGAGCGGCAGAAACGCUCUUUUGUUCAUAAACACAUUGGAAGAAUUUUCUUGAAAAACAGAUUAUUUUCAUUUUUCCUUAUUGUCCAUUUUUAACUGACAUCAAUGCCUUUAAGUAAUAAAGAAUAUAUUUUCACUUUGGUGAAAAGAUUGGUCGUAAAUUUCUGGUUUUAAAUUUUCUUUACGGUGGUAUUAAAAAGUCUCAAAUAUAACUUCUUCAUACCUGUAGUCACCCUGUUAUUUACUUACUGGCAGACCCCUAUAUUCUCUAAAAACACAAAAGGCUAUGUUAACCUUUUAUUUUAGGGUUUAAAGUCUGCCUUUCAAUUCCAUCUUCAGGUCUGAGUUACAGCUGUUGAUAAAUCAAGCCGUUAGCAUAACAUUGAUGUAGCCUGUUUGUGUAGCCUUUGUCCCUGCGUCAGUGAAUAUUGAUGACAGUAUGUUUUUUUCCACUUUUAUUACUGACAUGCAUUCCUCUUGACUACUUGUGUAUAUCAGAGCUUUUCAAUUACACUUGGUUUUCUGUAAGGGCGCUCGGUGUUAGAGUAAUUAUUAAAUGAACGUGGUUAAACGUGUGGUCCACUUGUUUGUUUGUUUCUCUUCAGUACAAAGUUCGGAGCCUCCAGGACCUGGUGAGCCUGAAGGACUCCGACAGACGCAGCAUGCUACGCUUCCUCGGAGAGGAGAAGUACGAUGAAGUCAUGGCUGUGCUGGGCAGCUUCCCUCACAUCACCAUGGAUAUCAAACUGCAGGGUCAGCCCUAAAAUACUCACUUACACCAUCACUGCAUAUAGUUAUGAAAACAUCUGUGCCACCAAUAAGCCUGUUUAACAUUAAAUGACCUAGUAUAUUAUAAAUAUAAUAUACAUGGAUGUGUUUUGUUCUUCAGAGUUCUUAAAGUUGUGAUUAGAAGUUUAUUUCUGUCUCUUUGCAGUCCUUGAUGAUGAAGACAGCAAUAACAUCACAGCAGGAUCCAUCGUUACAGUAACAGUCACCUUAACAAGAAAACGGAUGUCGGUAAGAAGCGGUUGCAUUUUGUUUAACUACUAACAAAAAAGUGAGUUACUAGAGAGCAGCUUCUGUGAAUGGCGUUAAAGGGGGCUUUCACACCUACGUCAUUUGGUCCAGACUUUUCUAGUCUGAACCAAAGUGAUAGGUAUGAAACCUCCCCAGGACCUUGGUCAGACCAAAAGAGGUGGUCUGGGUCCAGACCAAACUGAACCACAGUCUGGUUCAUGCCCAGUGUGAAAGCAUCAUUUUGAAAGGUUCUGACCUUGUACCAAAGACAGGAAAUGACACGAGGAGUAUAAGUGUCUGUUAUUCUAUGUAAUGGAGAUUGUCCACAAACGGGAAGUUUUACAAUAUUGUAGAUUUUGACAGUUUAUCUUUUCAAGAGUUUUAGUACACAUACUUUUCUCCCGAGCCGGUGUUGCAGUGACUCGCUGUCUUGUAUACUUUCUUUUCCUUUCCUGUCAAAAUCGUUAAAGUUGUCGUCUGAUGAUCAGAUUCAUGAGACAAACUCGGACCAGCCUCAUUUACAGCUCUUGAAGUUAUUGCUGUUGGUAGUUAAGAAUCAGCAAUAAUAUGAUGGGGGGGGAUGACAAUUUCAUCCAUGUUUACACUGUUCAAGAUGGUGUAAACAUGCGCUUUUUAACCUGUUGAUGUCAGACGCCCACUGGCCUAAUGACCAAUCAGUGUAAACUACAGAGACAGGCAAAGCACACAGUUGAUGACGAUAUCACGUAGGUUUGUCAUGUAAAGUCUGUUAGUCUGUUUGCAAUAAUGACAGUGUGAAACCUAAACAGACCAAACCAAAUGUUUCCAAUGUAACAAAAACAUGGACCUUGGUCUGGACCUUCAGGUGUGAAAACACCCUAAAUCGACUGUGCAGACUCGCACUUCCAAAGAUGACCACUAGAGUGUGCUAUUAACCAGGUUCAUUCAUGGGUUUACUCUGUUUGAGUACAUCUGUGUAUUGUGUGUGUAGGAGGUGUUUGAAAAGGAGCAGGAUUCAUCAACGUGCCCGACAGAGGAGGCUUCCACCACAGAGGAAACGGUAAAAAAACACACACAUUCACAUAUAUAUAUGGCAUCCCAGACACCAAAUUGUGCACUUUUCAGUGAGCCUUAUUUGUGUGUGUUUACAGCAAGGAGACUCGAGUAAAUCCAAAACAAAAGUGUGGCAGAACAAAAGCAAAGGGGCAAAGAAGACAGCAAAGUCCAAGAAGAAAAAAUUGACUAAGAAGAAGGCCACUCCUGCACCCGCUAAAGCCAAGCAGGCCAACGGCAAUGUGGCCGGAAAUGUAAGUCCAGACUCAGUUCAGUGAAUGUAUCGCCAUGGACAACAUAUGAACAAGUGUGUAAUAAAUAUUUGUUUGUGAUGUUGAUUUCACAGGAAGUUGUAGCUGCACCAGCUGCAAAAGAGGACGACAACGACGCCUCAGACAAAGGCAGCGACUCAGACGAGGGCGAAGCCAACAAGGACUCUCCCAGUGAGAGAGACGAAGACAGCGACAAACAAAGCGACACAGAGGUGGACGAGAUAGGCGGAGAUGAUGAAGAGGUCCGAAUAAACCGUUGUAAAAUAAAUCCUUGAAUGUUUGUUUUGCCUCUACUAUAAGUCAAACCUCACUCCUUUCUUCCCACACAUGCCCAUCAGGAAUGGGAGGCAUUGCAGCAGAGCAUCCAACGGCGAGAGCGAGCCCUGCUGGAGACCAAGUCGAAGGUGACGCACCCGGUCUACAGCCUCUACUUCCCCGAGGAGAAGCAGGAGUGGUGGUGGCUCUACAUCGCGGACCGCAGAGAUCAGACCCUCGUCUCCAUGCCCUACCAUGUGUGCACACUAAAAGACACAGAGGAGGUAGGUUUGUCUGAGUGUGUAUGAAGGGAUCCCAUAAUGUUGACAGUUGACAUCUUAGCUUUGAGUGGUGUUUUAUAACUGUGUGUUUCUGGUGUUGUUUCCCAGGUGGAGCUGAAGUUUCCAGCCCCCUCCAAAACAGGAAACUACCAAUACUCUGUCAUCCUCCGCUCAGACUCCUACCUGGGACUGGACCAGAUCAAACCGCUCAAGGUAACAGGAAGUCUAUGUGUCUGUGAGCAAAUGGGUUUGUAUUUGUGAUUGCUCAUGUUUUUGGUCAGAUGCAGCACAAGAGCCUGUGCCUCUUCAGGUUACUGGGUGAACAUUCAUAAUAAUAAUAAUGAUAGUAAUAACUUUAUUUAUAUCAAACUUUUAAAAACAAGAGUUUACAAAGUGCUUUAACAUGCAGGUAAACGAAGAAGAUAAAAACAACAGAACGACAACAAGAGAACACUUGGGGGAAAGAGCCUAGACAAGACUAAAACUCAGACUACAUGUCCUAAUGUGUCAAUAUUGGCAAUAAAGAAAAAAAUAAGAUAAAAAUCAGUGGAAGACAUAAAAGCUUUGAUGAGUGUCACAUGAGCUGAGAGGUCGUUAAUAGACAUUAAAACAAAGACAUCAUAAGAACCAUGAUACCUGGCCAACACAGGAGCCCAACAACAAAAACCUGAGACCAAGGGGAGAAUAACAAAAGAAAAAAAAAGCGAAUAAGAGGUUAUAAAACCUGAAUAAGAAGAGUAAAGAAGAAAAAAUCACAUAAAAGCAAUUUAAAAAUGUGUUUCAAAAAGUGAUUUAAAAGCAGUGACUGGUUCUGCAUUUAUACUGUCUAACUGUUCUUUUGACUGUUUUCAUUCAGAUCUGUUACUUAAAAUCCACCAGAAAAAGUUAAUACUACAAAAUAAAAGCAGUUUCACACUGCGUUCCAAAUUAUUAUGCAAAUGAUACUUUUCUCAGGUUUUCUAAAUAGUCAACACAAAUGACAGUCAACAUAAUUUUCAAGUAAUUAACCAUCAGAGUAUAAUUUAAAUGUUAUUGAACAAACCUCCCAAACAGUAUUUUCUGCAAAAAUAAAAAACUUAAAAUAUACUGUUCCAAAUUAUUAUGCACAACAGAGUUUCAAGACAUUUUAUAGGAUCUAAGGAACUGAAAAUGGUCAUUUGUUGUAUUUGCAGCAGUAGGUCAUAUUUACCAAAAUCAAAAGCUACUUCAAUCAAAAACAUCUUAACAGGUCAAGUUACAUUUUAACAUUGGCCCCCUUGUUUGACAGCAGCUUCAGAAUUCUUGCAUCAAUGGAACUUGUGAGUUUUUGAAGAGUUUCUGCUUGGAUUUGUUUGCAAGAUGUCAGAAUGGCCUCACAAAGCAGCUGUUUGGCUGUGAACUGCCUCCCACCCUCAUAGAUCUCUUGCUUGAGGAUGCUGCAAAGGUUCUCAAUAGGGUUGAGGUCAGGGGACGAAGUUUCUCUCCUUUUAUGCCCAUAGCAGCCAAUGAUGCAAAGGUAUUCCUUGUAGCAUGACAUGGUGCAUUGUCAUGCAUGAAGAUGAUUAAAGAUGAUUUUGUUACAGAAAGCACGGUUCUUCUAUUUGUACCAUGAAAGAAGGUAUUCAUUCAGAAACUCUAUAUACUUAGCCAGGACAUUUUCACACCUUCAAGGACCCUAAAAAGGCUGACCAGCUCUCUUCCCAUAAUUCCGACCCAAAACAUAACUCCUAAUGUUUUUUGCCUAAUCCUUGCUGACAUUGUAGUCUUGUUGGGACAUGGUGGCCAUCCACUACUUCAUCCAUCUGGACCAUUAGGGGUUACACGGCAUCAGUGAACGAGACUGUUUGAAAAUAAGUCUUCAUGUAUUUCUGGACCCACUGCAACCGUUUCUGCUUGUAAGCAUUGUUUAGGGGUGGCCAAAACAUAUUAUGUCAAUGAUGUUAUCUCAGUUUUACUGACUUCAUUGUCUGAAAUUUCAAGAUGUCUUAAAAUUUCAUAACAGCUCUCCCUGAGCACAAAAUUACAGAUAUAAUAGAAACACAGAAAUUCGAUGCCCCAGAUUCACUUAGAAAUUCAAAUACAACAUUAAAAAUGAGUACAGCUCAUUUGCUUUCAGCCAGCACUUGACCUUUGCUGUGAGGGAUUUUAUAUCUGGGAUUCAUUUUUUUUUUGUCAUUUGGAUUUGGUUAAGUGUUCCAGAAUUGGCAGUGCUUCGAUGUUGCUGCUUCUCAGUUACUCUGCUGUUUUUUUUUUUAUUCAUUUAUUUGACAGGGACAGCAAUACAUCAAGCAUUGUUGCACCUAACUAAAGAGUAACCGAUGCUGUGUAUGCAGGACUUCUAGCCGUGGCUAAUUUGCAGUCCUUGUCCCUGGUUAGACAGCUAAAAUAUAGCACAUAAAACAUAAACCACUGAAUAAAAACUAACAUUAUAGCAGGUACAGACAAGCAAUCAUAUAUUUGCAUAAAAACCGACAGCAAAGCAGACAAAACAAGCAGUUACUUCUAUGCACACACAAAAAAAUGGGAAGAUCAUUUUUACACUCACUUCCCUAAACUAAACUUUUGUUCUAGACUUUUCAGAAAGAGGAGGAUUUAUAAUAAAUAUUUACACAUGUAUAUAUGUUUGCUUUAAAGAGUCUAGUCUGGAAAAAGAAGGUAAACAACAGGAGUGAAAUCUCAAUGUGUACAUUUGCUGAUAUUGACUCUCGUGUGUGUUUCCCCAGCUGGAGGUCCAUGAGGCCAAGGCCAUGCUGGACAACCACCCACAGUGGGACAUCCCCGACACAGAGGAAGAGGAUGAGGAGCAGGAGGACAGUGACGGCAUCGAGGAGAGUGAAGAAGACGAUGAGGACAACGACUGAGCGCGGAGACACACAAACAAACAAACACACACAUGCCCAGCUUCACGCCCUCCUUAUCCCCACGGACCGGUCACCCACCCACUUCUGACCUUAGAACAGCGCUCAAGCAGAGAACGGGGAGCGUGAUACACACACACAGAAUCAGCAGGGACAGUUUCUACACCCAGAGUCCCCCUCCUCCAUUUUAUCUUUACAGUGACAUGGACUGUGGCCCCGCCCUUCCACUCCUGGUUUUCUACAGAGACUUGUUCAUUACAACUUCUGCUGCUGCUGCUGCAGUGGAAGAGAAUUCUGUGAAUACUUACCCAGGCCCGAUUGUGCAACUGGAUGACAGUUUGUGAGAGUGUGUGUGCUACAGUACGGGUGAGUGGAGCGUGUGUGUGUGUUUGUAGCCUUGUAUGUGUUUGUACAGGUAUGAAAUAUUGACACACUGUGGACUGGAGGACCUGUUGUUUGGGCUCUUUUUCUUUGUGGGAUGGGGAGAGGGGGGUGCAUAACGGCUAAUCCUGCAAAUAUUAAUGAAAAACUGAAAAAAAAGUGAUCUUCAUGUGGGAAACAUGACACCAACCUCGCUCCUAAUUUUGAAAUCACUCUGCACCGAUGUUUUCCACACCAAUGAUACUUUCUAUUGUACACUCAAAACUGCAGAUGUGUAAGCUUUAGCCCUGCUCACAUUCAAGUCAAUCAUUGGGUUGUUCGCUCUUCUGAGCGCAAAGGAGCCCACUGGAGUCUCCCUUUUUUUUUUUAUUUAAUUUUUUUUUUAUUUCCCGGUCACACCAAACAGUCACUUGUCUGUCAUCGUGUUCACUGUAGGUCAAAGGAGAUCACCUGAUCUGCUCCUGUGUUAUCGUGCUGCUUCUCUGAGUGUUGGACCUGAAUGGCGAUAGCAGGUCAACCUCAAGUACAAGAUUUGAGUCGACAAACUUGCAGUGUUAAGUAGAUUUCUCAUCCAUUUAAACUCAUCAAAUUUAUGAGUGAAUUUUCUGUCUUUUUAAGGGGCUCGGAUAAUGACAUAAAAACAUCACUGCAGAAUUUUAGUAAAGCGACUUCUCUCGUCUUUUUUCUUUCAAUUGUAGCACAUUCCAGUUUAAAAUCAUUGUCCAAAAAGGCCUUAUGAUACAACUGAAAUACCACAAUGUACAAGUCUGCGAGUGCUUUUGGGAGAGCAAAAAAAUCAGUUAUUUUUUGUAAAAAUCCUUAAUGUUUCCAUUUUGUUAUGAUUUAGCGCUUUCUUCUCCAUGAUAACCUUGGCGUCUUGGUAUACAUAUCACUGAACAACUAAAAUAAGUAUUUGUCUGAUCUGUGGAUUAGUGAGCUUGUAUGAAAUUUAGCUCUGUCCUGAAGGUACCAGACACAAACGGUGCACCUGAUCUUAGGGUCUCAAAUAAAAAUUGGUCUGAAGUAAUGCAGGUGCACCUUUUCUCCACAGUUAUAAAAUCAACAGAAAAGCCCUUUUUUAAACACCAUGUAUACCUUUUAUGUUUCCACUAGUUCUAACAAAUGUAAAAUGUACGUGUCUGUCAUGUUUAGUUCCAUCAUGCUUAUUUUUUUCUUCUUCACAUGAGCGCGGGAAGGCAGACUUUGAGUUUCCUUGUGUAGCUUUGUGGGCUCUUUCUCUAUGUCGACAACUUGGCUUUUUUUUUUUUUUUUAAGACUCAUCUUUCAAGGUAAAUAUCCACACACAAGUUCUUCUUUUAUUUUAUACAGCUUCUAUUACUGUGUAAUUCCGGUGUAGGAGAGACAAAAGUUUGAAAUUCUGUGGACGCGCUCACCAAAUACACUUAAACACACUAUACCCUCCUGUAAUUGUGUCGAAGGCAGGUUUAUGCUAACAGGUUAUAUUAUACUCUGAGUAUUUAUCGCUCUGCAAUAGAAUGUAGCAUCAGUGAUUUACGCUGUGUGGAAAAAUAACAAACUGCAGUGAGGUUAAAUACGACACCAUCUCUCCCGUGACAGACCUCGUCAAGGCAACAGGCCCGCAGGCCGCCUCAGUUUGGACAAACUACCCAAUGACUAUCUAUCUGCCACUUUUGUUUACAAAGGAACUGUCAUUGUAAAUGGAAAAAUAUAUUAUUUGUAUUUAAAAUCAUUUCAAAUAAAACCUUUUAAAUGAGA